AUGCCUUUCUCAUCUGGGGAAGAAAAUUUCCUCCAGCUCAACCAAGAUGAUUUUGACUUCAACAUUCAGUUUGAGCAAAUAUUCUUUGCCAUAAUCCCAUCCACGUUGUUCAUUUUAAGCUCCCUAUGGCGAACAGUGUCUCAAGCAAGGAAGCCCAAUAUCGUGGAUGCUCCGAUAUUUCAACUAAUUAAACUCGCGACGAUUACUGCAUACGCCGGUCUCGAACUGUCCCUCCUUAUUCUCGUUGCCGUCGGCUCAUUUGUCGUCACCAAGGUCUUUUUGGCGGCCUCGGUCUUGAAGCUUGUCUCGGCCCUGUUCAUGGUAUCACUUAGUUUCGUGGAUCAUAGAAAGAGCCCGAGACCUUCAGUACUCCUCAGCAGCUACCUCUUUUUCACCCUCAUCCUCGAUGCGGCCCAAGCCAGAACGCUUUUUCUUUCAUCAGAGGCUAAACCCGAACUCACAUACAGCAGUCUUUUCAGUACCGCAAUUGCCUUCAAGGUCAUAAUCCUGAUUUUGGAAGCUCAGAGGAAGUCUAGGUGGGUCAGCUGGGACGAGAAGGAGCACAGUCCUGAGGAGACAAGCAGUAUUUUCUCCAUCGGUGUCUUCUUUUGGCUCAACCGCAUCUUCUUUGAUGGCUACACCAAAAUUCUCAGCCUGAAGGACCUUUAUCCGCUGGAUAGCACCCUGCACAGCCAGCGACUCCAUGGUGAAUUUUCCAAGCAUGUCGACUACGCGAAGCUGAAGACAGACAAGUUUGGUCUUGUCAAGGUGAUGGUACGAACUCUGACAGUCCCGCUGCUUCUGCCUGUUCCCCCUCGUCUUGCUCUUCUUGCUUUCACAUUUUGCCAGCCGCUUUUCAUCGAGAAACUCUUGGAACAUCUCUCCAAGUCCGAAGUUGACGAAAAUGUUGGAUAUGGAUUCAUUGGCGCCAGUUUGUUGAUUUAUGCAGGAAUUGCCAUCUCCACCGCGCUCUACUGGUACUUUCAUCAUAGAAUGCGUACUAUGGCCAGCUCUAUCCUAAUUACCGAGAUUUUCAUUAGUGCGACAAAGGCCCAAAUUGGAGUAGGCAGCGAUACCGCGGCAUUGACAUUGAUGAGCACUGAUAUUGAGCGAAUCAAUCUGGGUUUCAAGCUUUUCCACGAUAUCUGGGCCAGUGUUAUCCAGGCAGCUGUGGCCGCUUGGUUGCUACACGCACAGCUGGGCACAGCAUUUGUUGCCCCAAUGGUUACUGUCGUGCUCUGCACCCUGUGUCUUGGAGUUCUUCUGAAGUAUACUGGUACUUCCCAAAGAUUAUGGAUGGCUGGCGUUCAGAAGCGGGUGGGCUUGACGGCCACAGUGAUCGCCAGCAUGAAGAAUCUCAAGAUAUCCGGCCUCUCCAUCGCUGUUAGAGACUUUGUACAGCAGCUCCGUGUGGACGAGCUGGACACAGCAUCGAUGUUCAGAAAACUCACAAUUCUAGCUGCCCUAUUUGGGUACAUCCCACUCUUGGCCGGGCCGCCGCUCACAUUUGCGUUUGCUCAGCGAACACUGGACAAUGCCAAGAUGUUUACGAGUCUUUCUUAUCUCCUGCUUCUGACAAAUCCUCUUUCCCAAGUGUUCCAGGCCAUUCCACAACUUCUUUCUGGGCUGGCCUGUUUGGGUCGAAUCCAGGAGUUUCUUGCGUGCGAAACACGGGAUGACUUUCGAAAAGUCUUAUCUGAUAUGAAUCGAGAGUCAGAGAAGGAAAAGUCUCAGGCUACAAUGCUCACAGAUUCACUUUCAGAUUCUACAGCCCCGAUCACUAUAAAAAAUGGAAGCUUUGGAUGGGAAGCCGAUAAGUUCGUGUUGACAGACAUCAACACGGAGAUCCCCAGAUCCUCCCUCACCAUGGUUGUUGGCCCGGUUGGCUCGGGAAAAUCAUCACUGUGUAAGGCCCUGCUUGGAGAGAUCCCGUUUCGUCAAGGCGAUGUGGUUUUGAGCACAAGAUUCCCACACGUCGGAUUCUGCGACCAGACAGCCUUUCUUUCAAAUGGGACGAUCCGGGAUAACAUCAUAGGAUUUUCUCCCUUUGAUGAAAAAAGAUACGGGGAAAUCAUUGCGGCUACAUCUCUCACCUAUGACUUUGGGACUUUACCUCAAGGCGAUAAGACGAAUAUUGGCUCUGACGGUAUCACGUUGUCCGGCGGCCAGAAGCAGCGUGUUUCUCUGGCUCGCGCCCUAUACCUGCAAUCCGACCUUCUAGUUCUUGAUGAUAUUUUCAGUGGCUUGGAUGCAGACACUGAAGAACAGGUAUUCCGACAAGUGUUCGGCCCUGGCGGGCUUCUUAGACGUCGAGGCUCUACUGUGGUAUUGUGCACUCACAGCAUCAGGCAUCUACCUCUAGCAGAUUACAUCAUUGCGUUGGGAAACGGUACCAUUGCUGAGCAGGGCAGAUUCUCGAAACUAAUGGCUCACCAAGGAUACAUCCAAGGUCUAGGAUUGAACAGCUCAUCCGACAGUGAUGCUUCAUCCGUGGAGUCGCCAACUGACGCCGCGAGUCCGAAGAUGCCGCGUCUCCGUACAAUCGCAACCAUUGCCUCAUCAGUCGAGCCAGAUAUCGAUGAAUCGCGACGAGUGGGUGAUAAGACAGUCUACAAGCAUUACUUCAAGAGUAUGGGGUGGUUUGUGGCCAUCUUUUGCAUUGUUAUGGGCGUGUGCUGGGGCUUCUUUACUAAUUUCCCAACAAUUUGGCUUACAUUUUGGACUGCUGAUCUUAAUUCCGCGUAUCCAUCCCGGACCUACGCAUACUACGCCGGAAUGUACGGUCUAUUGCAGUUCUGUGCUAUCAUGUCACUGCUAUUACUAGGCUGGGCCAUCAUCAUCACAUCUGUCACGAAGGCAGGUGCCAAUCUUCACUGGGGAGCUCUGAAAACCCUCGUGAGCGCACCUCUGAGGUUCUUCACUACUACUGAUACAGGAGUUGUGACAAAUUUGUUCUCACAAGAUAUGAAUCUGAUUGACAAUGAACUUCCAAAUGGACUGUUGAACACCAUCUACAGUGUUUUCCAAGCCCUUGGUCAAGCAGCCGUUAUGUUGACUACGUCUCCUUACAUGGCUAUAAGUUAUCCGUUCCUUUGCAUCUUGCUGUACAUCGUACAGAGAUUCUACCUUCGAACGUCUCGACAGUUGAGAUUAUUGGACCUUGAGGCUAAGAGUCCCUUGUACACACAUUUCCUUGACACAGUAAAGGGCAUCACCACUCUAAGAGCUUUCGGAUUCAUCCCAAAUGACGUUCAGAAGAACGCCCAACUGAUCAACUCAAGUCAACGACCCGCGUAUCUUCUGGUGAUGAUCCAACAGUGGCUGAAUCUCGUCCUCGAUAUCGUGGUUAUGAUAAUGGCAGUGAUCCUGACCGCCCUCGCCGUAAAGCUUCACUCCAGUUCCGGGUUCACCGGUGCGUCUCUGGUGACAUUGAUGGGAUUUGGUGAGAAUCUUUCGGGGAUUGUCAUCUUCUACACGAGGCUUGAAACUUCAAUUGGUGCGAUUGCCCGCCUAAAGACUUUCAGCGAAACUGUGAAGCCUGAAGACAAAGAGGACGAGGAUAUUAUUCCUCCGGAGCAAUGGCCACAACAGGGUGUAAUAGAGUUCAAGGGUGUAUCUGCAAGCUACGACCCCGACGACCAACCCGAGAGCGCACUCAACCUAGCCCUACGAAAUAUCGACUUAACCGUCAAGUCAGGGGAGAAGAUGGCCAUUUGUGGUCGAACAGGCAGUGGAAAGUCCAGUCUCGUUGCCCUUAUUCUCAAACUUCUCGAUCCUACUUCCUCCACUUCCGAAAACAUUACUAUCGACAGCACUCCUCUACACCGGAUCGACCGGUCAGCGCUUCGGCAGCGUAUCAUCGCGGUGCCGCAAGAAGCCGUGUUUCUGCCUGAUGGCUCGACCUUCCAAGCUAAUCUGGACCCUCUAGACAUGGCAACAGCCAAAGACAGUCAGGAGGCCCUCGUUGCCGUUGGCCUGUGGGGAUUCGUUCAAGAAAAGGGAGGAUUGGAGGCAGGUUUGAGUCCAGGAAGCCUUAGUGCCGGCCAGCGGCAGCUGAUGUCUUUGGGGCGCGCACUCCUUCGGAGGCGUGUGCGCGCGAGGAAUUUGGGGCUGGGUGGCGGUGGCUCAGAAGGCGGGAUCCUACUGCUAGAUGAAGUGAGCUCGAGCGUCGACCAUGAGACCGAGCGGGUCAUGCAGAAGAUCAUUCGGACCGAGUUCAAGGAAUACACCGUAGUCGCAGUGAGCCAUCGGUUGGAUAUGAUCAUGGACUUUGAUAGGGUUAUUGUUAUGGACACUGGAGAAAUCGUGGAGGUAGGUAAUCCAACGGAGCUUGCUGCAGUUGAAGGGACACGAUUCGGCGAGCUUGUUAAAGCUGGGGCAAAAUAA